CAUCACAUUCCUGUCUCGUCCAACAUGCACCUUCUCCAGCUCCUGUUCAGAGCCGGCCCUGGCGUCCUGCUCCUGGUUCUCUGUCUGCAGCUGGGGACCAACAAAGCUCAGGAAGACAAUCGAACAGUAAUAAAAAUGAACUUGCAGAUGCCCCAAGUAGCAAAAGAAAAUGAAGAAGUCACUCUGAAGCUUACAACUGGAACGGAAUUAAGAGAAUGUAUGGUGAUUAAAACUUUCCUCCGAGGCAGCCAUACAAUGGAUGGUCCUUUUAACUAUAAUUACACCGCCUGCCUCUGUGAGGAUUAUCCAAGAACUUUCUACUGGAACUUUGAAGUCAAUAGAACUAUGGCAAUAGCAGCAAUGGUCCACAUUAUUGAAAAAGAAGGUAUCUGCCCUAAUAAGGCAGUGGUGCCCAAUGGACAAAAAUAUUUUUAUACCAUUCAGGGCAUACAGAUAAUCUGAUCUUGGUGGAAGCCCUUGUCUAACUGCCCCCCAGGGUGGUUCCUUCAAGAAAACUUGGCUGGAGG